CCAUGGCCGCAAUUAAACUUUCCAUCAGGUGAGUGGAUGCGAAGCGUGAAUACCAGGUAUGUUGAUCAGAGUAGCAUUAUAUAUGCUUAAUUGCGCCUGUGUAGCUUUAUUCUGACAACUUGAUGGCAAGAUUGACGAUUUACUUUGACUACACAUAGCAUGGGGGGCGAAGAAGCCCUAGUAUUAUAUGGUGGUCAGCAUUACCUGCACAACCUUGGAAGCCUAUCCAGGUAUUCAAAGUGACGAAUUUACACGAAUGACAAUAGAUAUACGAUAGCUUCAGGAGUUCGAUUGCUGCACAAUUGUUCAUACCUACCACAGACCUUCACUCAUAGAUCCCCUCUUUUUGCCAAGCACAGAUAAGCUCAUUAUCUAUAACAAUUCACCCCGAUCAAGCAUCUAUGUCCGACUACUCCUCAUCAACAGGGCCUGGAACGGCAAAGUCGUCACAGGAGGCUAAAGCAAAAUCACCACAUCGAUAUAGAAUAUGCGGAACACCUGUUCGAACCGGCUGCAGGACUUGCAAAAUUCGUCGAGUCAAAUGUGGAGAGGAAAAGCCAUUUUGUAAGAGGUGUACUUCCACUGGACGGCGGUGUGAUGGAUAUGAGAUCAUUACAGACUUAAAAAAAAGAAACACGGCAAAGAAGGAACCUUCUAUACCUUCGGAUGUGCAGUCUAAUACAUUCGAGGAUCCUUUAGAGGCGACUAUGCUGGAUUUCUUUCGUAAGUACACAGUAGCCGAGUUUGCUGGAGACUUCUCUACUGAGUUUUGGGAAAGGAGGAUUUUUCAAGCUGCUACAAUCGAGCCGUCAAUCCGUCACGGUAUUCUCGCACUGGGUGCCAUCCACAGAAAUUACACCGAAACCUACCAGCAACCUCCAACCAUAGCAGAAAAGCCAACACCGGCACAGGCUUUUGCUUUUCGCCAGUACACAAAAGCCAUUCAAAUUUUGCGUCAAUCAAUAGUCCGCGAGCCCCACUCACUAGACAUGACAUUAAUUUCGUGUAUUCUGUUCAUCUGUUUCGAUUGUCUCGUUGGCGAUCAAGCCGCAGCACUGGUUCAUCUUAAGUCAGGACUUAAGAUUCUCGACGAUAUACAUGCCACAAAUGCUCCCUCCUCAACUGCAGCGCAAUGCGCACGGGACUAUUCCCCACUAUUGCUAGUACUAGGAGGUCAAAUUGCCGCAUUCAUCAAUCCUAAAGCUGGAGUAGACAGAGGAGCAUUCUGGGCAGCGAUGAAACGAGCCGGUUGCUCAACUUCACAAUUUACCCCUUUCCAGUCAUUGGAAGAAGCGCGCUAUUCAUUGCGAACGCUUGGUGCAGAUAUACUGCAUGCGCGUCACACAAAUUGGAACUACGUUACAGAAGAAAUAGUCACGAGUGAAUUUGGCCCCAUGGUACGAAGCCAUUACGUGGCCCUAGAAAAUUGGUCAAAUCGUCUAAACGCAUUUAUUGAAAGGACUUCAAGCAAUCAAGAAAACACAGCCGUUGGCUCGACAAGACCAAUGCGGAUUCGCGGCGUAUCAUUACUCAAAGCCCACCAUCUCUUAUUCUCCAUGAACGCCGCAGAAUCGCAUACGCCCAGGUCCAAGUUCGAAGAAAUGAUCGAUUUAUCCGAGGCGCUGGUUCUAGAAGAUAAAGCUUAUUGGAGAUCGCAAUCCAUGCCCAGGUUCAUGGUCGAUACUGGAUUAAUUGUUCCACUGGUGUAUACAGCAGUUCGCAGUGCUGAUAUUCAACACAAAAGAAGAGCAAUCGAGAUCUUGGCACAGGCGCCUGGAAGAGAGGGAUUAUGGGAUACACAGUGUGCGAUUGAUAUCGUAGAGGGAGAGCUGGCUGCCGCAAGAGGCCAAAGUCCGAGAUUGCAGAUUCCGUACUUUCAUGAUUAAGAAGGCAAGAAAUGCAAUAGCAAUAGGUCAUGUUUUCUGUGUGGGUUACAGAGUAGGUCAAUCUUUCAUAUCACAUGGAUGAUUGGUCGAUCGACCAGUAAGCCAAUAGGCCGGAGAUACUUUUUUCAGGUGCGUGAUACCUGUCACUGAACAUAUUCAUCUCAAUUGAGGUACGUGUAUUGAUCUGAAUAUGGGUGGAAGGAUUUCAGGGUGCAUGUUCGUAGCCCUCUGUAUUUUUCUUUGCGUUUGUAAAAUACCGGUGUUAUGUUAUAGAUUUCACUUGAAAUGU